AUGGAUAUUCCACCAGAUACCAACGAUAGUGGUCGUUCAUAUGGAUUCGCAUCAAAUCUGAAACGAUUUGGUGCAUCCCUGGCAGACCAUCCAAAAUACAGUCGGCGAGAAUUCAUCUCGCAUUUGUCGGACUGCCGACUGCAAUUAAAAGUUGAGCAGCGAGAAGAAACUCCUGAAAACCAAAGCGAAGGAAGUGAAGACGGAAUCGAAGAAUGUGCCACACAAAUCGAGUGGGAAAAUCUCGAAUGUCCGAAAUGCCACCGGAAAGUCGAAAACAGCGAUGUGCUCACAGAACAUCUCGUGUCUAAUCAUGGAAAAACGCAAGACAAAGUGUGGUUCAAACAGUUCGGAACACUUGGAUCUGAUAUGGCGAAAAGCCUUGACAAGGCUCUAAGAAAGCAAGAAGAAACAAGUCUCGUCAAGAAAAAAUUCGGUGAUUCAAACGAUUUGAUUACAUGUCCUGUUGCUUCUCCAUUAGCUCCAUUUUUCAUGAUGCGGCAUUUUCAAGUAUUUCGAGACGAAAUGUGUCCGUCGGCAACGGAAGGAAUUGUUGUCGGCAUAACGGUACCGAUACAAUCUGUUGAAUUAUUGAAUUUAAUGUUACAGAAUGAUGAAAAGAGCUUUUCACCCAUCUUCUGCUUCCAAAAACUCGAUAAAGCUAGGCGAAGAAUCAAGCGAGGACUAUUGAGAAAAACAAUGGAAAAGAAGGUGAAAAUUCUCGAGAAACGUUGCGACAAAGUUUCCGUCGACGAACCGGACAUCGUUUUCAAAAAAUCUCGAACGGCCGAUGAGACUCGCGAUCUUUUGCAAGCACUGAAUCUGCCACCAACGGGAUCUCAGAAAGAUAUCGUUGAAAGAAUCAAUGAGCUAAAGACGAGAUACGAAGAGAUCAGGUUGGUUCGGCUAUUUUGA